AAUAGCGUUUUCACUGUUUUCAGCUCUGUCUGACCAGUAGAUGUAUCAUGUAUGAUGUUAGGACUUAAGAUCCAUGUACAAUAGUACAGUUAAAAUCAAUUGUAAAUGCCCUAGUGAAAAGAAGUCAACGAUUUACAGUUGGCAUUUUUCAAUAUUUUGGGAUAUUUUCAAACAGUUACUGUAUUUAUGUACAAUUAUUUUAGUUGAACGAGAAAUGAAUAAUUCUCAGUUUCCACAAGAGCGUCCACCACAACAUUAUGGCGCUCCUCCACCGUCACAACAAAACGGUCAACACAACUCAUCAGCUAACUAUGUACCGUCUUAUAACCAGGCUGAAGGAACGUUGAAUGAUCAAUUUUCACAACUGGGAUUUAAUAACGGACGAUCACAACCACCAGUUCAAAACAAUACUUUGCCAAGUGAUAUUAGCAAUUUUUCAAGUGGACCACAAAUAAAUACUCCACAAUCAUAUCCACCAGCCAAUUUUAAUGUUGAACUGACUGGGCCUCCUAAGCAAUUUUCUUCAUCAGUACCUUUUGUAGAAAGUUCUAAUCAAAAUGUACAUUCCUCAGAUAAUUUUCAAGACAAUACUAAAAAUAUGGUACCACCAUCUCCUUUUCCUGGAAAUAGUAUUCAAUCAAAUAUUCGUGAUGGAGGAAUUAUUAAUCAAGAGUCGAGAGAUUUUAAUAAUGGUACACCAAAUAAUUCAAGUGAGGCAAUGUAUGCAAAAUCUAAAGAAUUUAGUACAAAUAACUCAAAUUUGAUUACAAAUCAAAUUGGUUCUCAAUCAACUCAAUCAGCUUUUUCUGUUGUUCCACCUCAAUCUCGUCCUCAAAAACCGUAUUCAGACAAUGUUCAACAACCCCAUUUAAUUGAAACUGUUCCAUCCCAAUCAGAUUUAUCUACUCAAAAAUUAGAGUAUCAAUCUCAGCCAUCAAAUUAUCCACAACAACAAUCAAAAGUGUCACACCAACAGCCAGAUUUUCAGCCACAGUCUAAUUCAAUAACUCAAUCAGAUUUUUCAAGACAAUCUAAUGCCACACCACAGCAAUCUGGUUUUCCACCACAAUCAAAUUUGAAACAGCAGCAACCAGGUAUUCCACCUCAACCCAAUUCAAUGUUGCCACAGUCAGGUUUUCCUCCACAAGCCAAUUCAAUACCUCAGCAACCAGGCUUUCCACCUCAACCUAGUUCAACAUUGCCGCAGUCAGGUUUUCAACCACCACAAGCAAAUUCAAAACCUCAGCAAGCAGGUUUUCCACCACAAACAAAUUUAAAAUCACAUCAGCCAGGUUUUCCACCACAACCUAAUUCGACAUCUCAGCAGCCAGGCUUUCACCCGCAAUCUAAUUCAUCAUUUCAGCAGCCAGGCUUUCCACCUCAACCCAAUUCAACUCAGCAGCAGCCAGGUUUCCCACCACAACCUAAUUCGACACCACAGCAGUCAGGCUUUCCACCUCAACCCAAUUCAACUCAGCAGCCGCCAGGUUUCCCACCACAACCUAAUUCGACACCACAGCAGCCAGGCUUUCCACCACAACCUGAUUCAUUAUCUCAGCAGCCAAGUUUCCCAUCACAACUUAAUUCAACACCACAGCAGCCAGGCUUUCCUCCAAAACCUAAUUCAUCGCAGCAACAAGGAUUUCCACCUCAACCCAAUUCAACUCUGCAGAAGCCAGGUUUUCCACCACAAUCAAAUUCAUCAACUCAGCAACCAGGCUUUCCACCACAACCUAACUCAAUUCUGCAGCAGCCAGGCUUUCCACCACGACCAAAUUCAACAUCGCAUCAGCCAGGAUUUCCACCACAACCAAAUUCAACACUGCAGCAACCAGGAUUUCCUCUACAACCUAAUUCAACACUGCAACAGCCAGGCUUUCCACCACAGCCUAAUUCAACACUGCAGCAGCCAGGAUUUCCACCACAACUAAAUUCCAUGUCACAGCAGCCAGGUUUUCCACCUCAACCCAAUUCAACACUGCAGCAGCCAGGCUUCCCACCAAAAUCUAAUUCAUCAUCGCAGCAACAAGGAUUUCCACUUCAACCCAAUUCAACACUGCAGCAGCCAGGCUUUCCACCACAACCUAAUUCAACACUGCAGCAGUCAGGCUUUCCACCACAACCUAAUUCAACACUGCAGCAGCCAGGCUUUCCACCACAACCUAAUUCAUCACUGCAGCAACCAGGCUUUCCACCACAACCUAAUUCAAUUCUGCAGCAGCCAGGCUUUCCACCACGACCAAAUUCAACAUCGCAUCAGCCAGGAUUUCCUCCACUACCAAAUUCAACACUGCAACAGCCAGGAUUUCCUCCACAGCCUAAUUCAACUCUGCAACACCCAGGAUUUCCUCCACAACCUAAUUCAACUCUGCAGCAGCCAGGCUUUCCAUCGCAACCUAAUAAUUCAACUCUGCAACAACCAGGAUUUCCUCCACAACCCAAUUUAAUAUCGCAGCAGUCUGGUUUUCCACCGCAACAGCAACAAGGUUUUCCUCCUCAGUCAGGAAGUUUGCCAUCUCAACAAAUGGGUUUUCCUCCUCAGUCAGGUAAUUUACCAUCAAGACAAGCAGGCUAUCCACCUCAACAGCCGGGCUUAACAUCUCAACAACCUCAACAACCACAACAGCCCGUAUAUUCACAGCAACAAAAUGGUUUUCAUCCUCAACAACCUGGUUAUCCACCUCAACAACCUGGGUAUCCAACUCAACAGCCAGGUUUUAAUCAAGGUACACCAGCUUAUAUGGGUCAGCCAGCUCCAAGUAGGAGAUUAGAUCCUGACCAAAUGCCAAGUCCAGUACAAGUUAUACAAGAUGACCAAUUAAGUAAAAGUGGUUUAUUUUUAACUAAUCAAAGAGGUUUAGUACCCCCUUUGGUUACUACAGAUUUCACAGUGCAAGAUUCUGGUAAUGCAUCACCUAGAUUGAUAAGAUCAACUAUGUAUUGUGUACCUACCACAACGGACAUUAUGAAACAGACAUCUGUACCAUUUGGAUUAGUUAUCAGUCCAUUGGCAAAAAUAAAACCAGAUGAAUAUCCUCUACCUAUUAUAAAUACUGGUGAAAUUGGACCAGUCAGAUGUAAGAGGUGUAAAGCUUACAUGAGUCCAUUUAUGCAGUUUAUUGAUGGUGGAAAACACUUUACUUGUCUUUUAUGUAAAGCUACAACAGAAGUACCAGUUGAAUAUUUCCAACACUUGGAUCAUACUGGUCAACGGCUCGACCGCUCUGAAAGGCCUGAAUUAGGUUUUGGAUCAUAUGAAUUUAUUGUUCCAAAAGAAUAUUGUAGGAAAGAAAUGCAACCAAAACCUCCUGCAUAUAUAUUUGUAAUAGAUGUUUCUUAUAAUAAUAUAAAAUCUGGACUUGUUAAACUCAUAUGCGCGUUCAUGAAAGAAUUAUUAACUCAAUUACCAACAGAGUUGGGUAAUGAAAAAAGUAAAAUACGAGUGGGUUUUAUAACAUAUGAUACAACUGUUCAUUUUUAUAAUUUAAAGGAAACAUUAGCUGUUCCUCAAAUGAUGAUUGUUGGUGACACUUCAGAAGUUUUUAUGCCAUUGUUAGAUGGGUUCUUAUGUGAUCCAGAACAAUCGUCUCAAGUUAUCGAUGCACUUAUGGAACAAAUUCCCACUCAUUUCAAUGAAACAAGAAUUACUGAAACUAUUCUUCUACCAGCAAUAAGAGCAGGAAUGGAAGCAUUGAAGAAUGCCGAUUGUUGUGGUAAAUUAUUUGUAUUUCAUUCAUCCUUACCAAUAGCAGAAGCUCCAGGUAAACUUAAGAAUCGGGAAGAUCGAAAAUUACUUGCCACCGAUAAAGAAAAAACUAUGUUGAACCCGCAAACAAAUGUGUAUAAAGAAUUAGGAGAGGAGUGUGUUCAAGUUGGAUGUAGUGUUGAUCUAUUCAUCACUAAUAACUCUUUUAUAGAUUUACCUACAAUUGGUCAAAUUUCUAAAAUUACUGGUGGUGAAAUUUUCAAAUACACAUAUUUCCAAGCUGAAGUUGAUGGUCAAAGAUUCUUGUCUGAUUUAAAACAUGACAUUAGCCGGCCAACUGUUUUUGAUGCUGUAAUGCGAGUACGAACAUCUACUGGUACUCGUCCAACUGAUUUCUAUGGGCAUUUUUUUAUGUCAAAUUCUACUGAUGUUGAGUUGGCUGCCAUCGAUUGUGAUAAAGCUAUUGCAAUUGAAGUAAAACAUGAUGAUAAGCUUGAUGAACAAGAUGGAGUAUUAAUACAAACAGCCAUGUUAUACACGUCAUGUAGUGGACAGAGACGUGUGCGUAUAUUAAAUCUAUCAUUACGUUCUAGUGGACAAAUGGGUGAAUUAUAUCGUAGUUGUGACUUAGAUACAAUAAUGAAUUUCUUUGGGAAACAAGUUAUGUAUAAAAUAUUGGAAAGUUCUGGACGACAAGUAAAGGAAGCAAUUACUAAUAAGACUGCUCAAAUAUUAGCUACUUAUAGGAAGCAUUGUGCAUCACCAUCUUCAGCUGGUCAACUUAUAUUGCCUGAAUGCAUGAAACUUAUGCCUCUAUAUGUUAAUUGUUUAAUUAAAAGUGAUGCAAUGUCUGGUGGUCCUGAUCUGACAGUUGAUGAUCGUUGGUUUAACAUGCAUCUGGUUAUCACUGCGGAUAUACCUACAACAUUGGGUUAUUUCUAUCCACGUCUGAUUCCGAUUCACACACUUGCUGAUGAAAAACUCUUAGAUGAUGUUUCAAUACCAGAUCAAUUGAGGUGUUCUAUUGAAAAGUUUGCAGAAAAUGGAGCUUAUAUUUUGGAAAAUGGAGUAUAUAUGUUUAUGUGGCUUGGUAUGGGUCUAAGUCAAACAUUUUUGUCAGACGUGUUUGGUGUUCAGAACAUAACAUAUGUUAAUACUGAACAUUCAGCCAUUCCUGUGUUGGAUAAUCCACUCAACAAAGCUAUUCGUCAGGUGCUAUCUAAAAUUCAAAAAGAACGAAGCCACACAAUGAGACUUGCAAUUAUACGGCAAAAAGAUAAAAUUGAAACUGUUAUGAGACAUUUCUUAGUUGAAGAUCAUGGCAUCGACAAUAGUCCAUCUUAUGUAGAAUUUUUGUGUCACAUGCACAAGGAAAUUCGCAAUUUGCUCAGUUAGCACACACAGAAAUGGUAAUUGGUAGAGGUCAAUGUGGGAUUAACACCAAUACAAUUACUUGAAUUACUAUAUGAUUACUUAUCGUUUUGUUUAUUACUGCACGAUCGUUAUGUUACAUUUAUAAUUUUUAAUGAUGUAUACACAGUCAUAGAAAUAUCUGUUGUUAUUAAAUUUAUUAUUUUAUUUUUUGAUUUUAUUAUGAUUAUAUAAAAUUCCGCCGUUUUCUCUUGGUGUUAUGUUGAAUUAGUGCAUUUGUAUAAUAUAUAUAUUGUAAAAUAAUUUAUUUA